AUGCGCUAUCCUCACACAGGUGGAACACUACUGCAUACACACACACUCACACAAACGCAGAUGCUCAUACGGGCAUGGCUGCAGCACUUCUUCGCCUACGAAGCCCGCAACGGCGGGGCACUGCCACCACACCAGCUGUUCCCCUACAACGCCGACGCAGAUCCGUGCACCGGCGAAGCCUCUGACGCGUCCGACAGAACCGCAGUUGCGGGGACCGGAUCGGCAGAGAACUUUCCACUGAGCUCACUCCCAGCAGGGCCGUCUGCAGAGUCCGAGGAGGACAGCGCAGGCGGGAAGAGGUCUGCCUCUUCCUCUUCCCCCUCAACACCGGCACCCCCUCCGCCGUCCAGCCCGCCACCCUCUGCGGCCAUCACGACCGCCACGAAAAAAACUGCAAAAGUGAGAGAUGUAGGCUGCAGUGCCCCCGCCCCCGGCGACCCACACGAGCCCCCGCGCUUUUACAGCCGCUACGUCUUCCGGCGCACCGUGACGGGGCUGCAGCUGCUGUGGGGGUACUUCAGCUUUGUUGUGUGGAACUACUUGGCGCACAUUCGAUGGUACGGUGCGUCCAUGGUGUACCUGACUACGCUGGUAGAAACGGAGAAGUCGUCCGCGGUAGCGCUGGUUGUGAAGGAGCGGGGCGCCGUCACGGGAUCGGUGGCUGCGUCAAACGAAGACGUACAGGGUGAAUUGGCCUUCGAGCUUCACCGUCUCGCAGAUCAGUGGCUCGCCGUCGCCUACCUCGCCGUCGCCCUCGCCGGCCUCAUCUACACCGCCAGCGCGGUGUUGUACGUGUGUGUGGUGAACACGCCUUGGCAUGUGCGAGCUGCAUGGCCGCAGCCCCAGCUCUUCACAAAGGCGUGCGGCGCUCGUACAGGCUCCACUGCCCGCGAUCCACACGACAGUGACGCUGCCGACCCAGAUAACGACCCCUUCCUCACCUACGGGUCCGUGCUAUCACGGUCCUCUCCUUUCCCUCCUUCGUCGUCGACCGACGUCGUGCCGCUGUCCUUCACGCAACCGCAGUUUUUGUUCCCCCUGCGCCGGCUGACAGCGCUGGACCGCGUCGCCACCGCAAGCGUGCGUCGCUCCGGCCUCGCUGUGUCGCCUCCACGGCCUCCUGGUCAGCCUUACCUCAGCAUACAGCAGCAGCAGCAGCAGCAGUGGCACCGUGGAGACCCAAAAGCUCCGCUGCUGUGGUGUGCCUGCCCACUUGUAGUUGCCUUGGUUGUUUUUGACUUCAUGGUGAUACACAGCUGUCGAGUGCAGGGGUGGCCGGUUCGUCUCCUCCAAGGCCUCACCCCUGCCCUCGGUCUUCUACUUCUUCUUUAUACGAUGAAGAGCGUCGCGGUGCUGUGCGGGCGCCGCUGCGUGGUUUGCUGGAGGGCCUUGCCGAUUGCCGUGUACACGCUGACGAGGCCACCGACGCAGCCGGGGUACGGCCCACCAGGACCGUGGGCGAGCCAGUGA